AUGAAACGAUAUAGUCCGGGUCGUUCGAUAUUUCGAAAGCGAAAUCAGCAGGAAAACUUAUAUCCAAAACUGGAACAAUUUAGUACUGAUAGUGAUGAUAGUAACGAUGGUAAUGUAUCUUAUGAGUCAGACCAUGGAGAAGAUGAUUCCGCUAAAAAGUUGCCAAUGCUGACUGUAUUGGAAUGGAUUUGGAAUCUGUUUCGGCCAGAUAUAUUUAUUUGGGUGUUCUUUUUGGUGUUAGCAAUUAUCAUUGUUUCUCUUGGUCUCAUUUAUUCACUCUCAAAUCCAAACAGUGAAGGCAUUUCACUGAAGAAGUAUAAACAGCAGGUAAACGGCAUUCUGAAGAAAAGUUUCACUAACGAAUAUGAGCAUGGUGUUAAUACAAAGGCAGUAUUACGGCUUAUUGGUGAAAAAUGGAUUUACGAGAAACCAGUCGAACCAUAUGUCGUAUUAAUUACGGGUACAAAAGCCGGUAUGUUAGCAGAUGCUCUUGGUGAUGUUUUUUCGAAUGUCACUGGAAAGGGAGAAAUUGAUAGAAUAUUUUGUAAUGAAUACAAAGAACGACAAUUGUUGGAAAGUGAAGUUACAAAAUCAUUAUCAAAGCACAGUAAAUCAGUGGUUUUACAUGGAAUCGACACAUUGCGAGGAUAUGCUCCUUUAUACUUACACAGUUUAUCUGAUGCUGACCAUUCACCGUUUCGUUCCUCACUCAUUAUACUGACUAUUAAUUCAUUCUUCGGUUCUCAUCCUAACUGUGAAGAUGAAAUAUCUAGUCACUUAUUAAAUGUAUGGGACUCGGAUUAUAUCGGUGAGGACCAAAUUCGACCAAUUCUUUCUCGGAUAUCUUCGUUCUUGAUAUGCUUGGAAGAUUGA